AAGUGGCCGGCGUGUGGUGCGGUACGGUGCUGUGGAGUGGUGAGGUGUGGCGUGUACACUGAGCGAUGAGCAACUGCAACACGGGUGCGGGCGCCGCCAUCCUGUCAGCCCGCGCUGCCGCAGAAACAACACCUCUGCUCCGACCAGACAGACAUGCUGAUGAUGGUGAUGAUGCCAGUGGAGAUAAUCAGAGUUCCAUUAACUGGAGACGUCACCUGAAGAUAAGAUGCACCAACUCAGCACAAAUUUUCAACAUUAUUGCUCUGAGCAUUAUACUCUUUGGUGGUGUUAUUGUAUCAGUCUGGCUGUAUAUUGACAGACCUGGUAAUACGCAGUCCUGUGAUGAAAGAUGUAUGUUACAUUUAACCACACGUCAGGACUGGGGUGCUGAGCCACCCAGAAAAAACAUUUCUCAAGGGGCACGACCAGCAGUAUACGUCAUCAUCUCACACACUGUAACUUCCCCAUGUAAUUCAUCUGUAGCAUGCAAGUCUGAACUCAAGGCCAUGCAGUUAAAUAACUUCAAAAGAAAUUUUACUGACAUCAAGUACAGCUUUCUUGUUGGAGGAGAUGGGUUCACUUAUGAAGGUCGUGGCUGGGAAGCUGAGAAUGCCAUUGCACCACAUUUUGAUCCCACGUCUCUGGGAAUUGCCUUUAUUGGAAAUUUUGAGUCUGUUACUCCACCAGAAGAGCAGCUAAAUCAGGCAAAAUCAUUGAUACAAGAAGCUCUUUACCAACAAAAGCUUUCACAUGAUUACAAACUGGUGGCCCACCGACAAGUCGCUCACACAAAGAGUCCUGGAUUUGCGUUAUUCAGUAUUAUCAAAACCUGGAAACACUGGGAAAAUUGUUACAUGGAGAGCUGUUGAUGUUGCAUUUUAAGAUAAUGUCUAUGGCUAGCAUGAAUUCAUUAAUGGAUCAUUUUAGGCACACAGUUGUGUUUAUUAAUAUUCAUUAAUUCAUUUAUUUUAUUUAUUUAUUUAUUUACUUAUUUCGUAGACAAGUGGUCACUGUCCACAAGUGUCUUUUAAAUCAUAUCU